CGUCAUCUCAGUGGCAGGCGCGUUGCUGCCCACAUAUCCAAACGCCGACGGGAGCUGGCCGCCAGUCGACAGCAUUCCACCAGACACAACAAGACGCAAUGUCAGGCCGAAAUUCGCAAAAGCACUGGCGCUGACACUCAAUUGAAAACUUGGCUUCUGUCACUUUAAUGCCUGCUAUAUCGAGUUUCCUGUUGUCACCUGGGCCACCCUUAAGCUCUCUAUGACCGCAACAACGACCGCCAGAAAUCAUCUACUCAAUACCAACCCCGACUAGUCCAAUAUGGUGCUCUCGGCGAGAGAUGUUCUUCAGUUGAAAGAGGCUCUGCAAAUAGCAGUGGUGAAGUGUUCAGAAAGAUGCCUUUACCAGUCAGGGAAGUGGGCAGCUGAGCUCCUUGACGCUCUUCCAGAACCCAACGUUGACGCGGCAGUACCUGACGCCGCAGAUAACUGUGUGCAUCCCGUGUUUGCGCCGAACCCCGACUCCGUCGAGGCCGCCCUGGAGGCCCAGGAGCUCGGCCGGUACCUGCUCGCAAAGUCAUACUUCGAUUGCAAGGAAUUCGAGCGAUGCGCUGCUGUUUUCCUUCCCGACUCGAUGCUGGCCAGCUCGUCAAGGACCAAUGCGAGCGAGGGUGGUCCGGCCAAGGGAAAGGACAAGGGAAAGGGCAAGGCGGUCGCCCCAUCCUUUGCGUCUGAACCCACCCUGCCCCAAAUCAGUCAGAAAAGCCUGUUUUUGGCUCUAUACGCCAAAGUCAUGGUUGGGGAGAAGCACAAAGAUGAAGAGGUCGAGAUGAUCAUGGGGCCACAAGAUCUGGGCUCCGUGGUCAACAAGGAGCUAGUUCUUGUCAGCCGCUUCCUCACUAGGUGGUUUGCCGAACGAAAGGCCGACGAUGGCGGCUACCCUGCCAGCCAAGGCUUUCUGGAGUAUCUGUAUGGCAUGGUUCUGGCAAAGGAGAAAAAUGACAACCUUGCCCUGGACUACCUCAUGCAGAGCGUACACUUGUUUCCAUGGAACUGGGGCGCUUGGCUUGAGAUCACAAACCUUGUUUCCAGAGUCGAGCAACUCAACAAGAUUGCGCCGCACCUGCCGCAGAAUAUCAUGUCCUUUAUCUUCCACGCCAACGCCGCAAUCAAUCUCUAUCAGCAGGGGCCUGAUCUUGCGGCGUCGUUGAACGACCUUCUCGGUAUCUUCCCGACGUCAUCGUUCCUCCUGACGUGCAAAGCAUUGCUAUGUUAUCACUCCAAGGACCUAUUCGGAGCUGAGCAGGAAUUCAAUCGCGUAUUAGCCCUUCACCCACACAGGCUCGAUGCGCUAGAUCACUAUUCCAACAUCUUGUAUGUUCUGAACCGUCGGCCUAAACUCGCCUUCCUGGCACACCUCUGCUCCAACAUCGACAAGUUCCGGCCGGAAUCGUGUGUCGUGAUUGGGAACUACUACUCGUUACUGUCGCUCCAUGACAAGGCUGUGCAGUACUUCCGCCGAGCUCUCACGCUGGACCGUUCCUGUCUCUCCGCCUGGACGCUCAUGGGCCACGAAUUUGUCGAACUCAAAAACACGCACGCGGCCAUCGAGUCUUAUCGUCGAGCUGUGGACGUCAACCGGAGGGACUACCGCGCGUGGUAUGGUCUGGGCCAGACGUACGAGGUGCUCGAGAUGCACACAUAUGCGCUAUGGUACUACAAGAAGGCCGCUGGUCUGCGGCCCUGGGAUUCCAAAAUGUGGCAGGCUGUCGGCUCGUGCCUACAGAAGAUGGGUCGCGAGAAGGACGGGAUCAAGGCGCUCAAGAGAGCGCUGCUGGCCGACAGCUACUAUGACACUACGGCGAGCAGCUUCGGCAGCGUCGGCACAGUCGACCGCAUGUCGCAGAUGGAUCCGGAGGUGCUGCUGCAGAUCGCCACCAUGUACGACCAGCUCGGCCAAACGGAAGAAGCCAAGGCAUACAUGGAGCUUUGCGUAGCGCAGGAAGAAGGCGGAGCGGGCGCUGAUGAGGCUGCCGCGGCGGGCCUGAAUGAGUCCAUUGCGGUUCGGGCCGGCUCUCCCGGUGCCGGCUCGGAUGGGGAAGGCGAAGGGGAUGAAGGCGGCGCUGGUAAUGACGGAGGCACCGGAGUGACGUUUGCCACCAGCAAAGCGCGCAUGUGGUUGGCCAAGUACGCCUUGAGAGAAGAGGACUAUGAGACAGCCAACCGGCUUGCCAUGGAGCUCUGCCAGGACGGCGUCGAGGUAGAGGACGCGAAGGCUAUAAUGCGGGAUGCCCGCUCGAGGAUGGAGCAAACGAGUCUGAUGGAGCGUUAGAAGCGGCCAGACUGGACAUUCCGACUCUAAUAAGCUCCAGUGAUGCGGUUUAAUCGAACGAUGCCCUUUUCGACGGCCCAGGCAGGAAAUCAGUGGAUGGGACGAGACCGAGCUGAUGGCCUGCCCACGCGCUCCGAUGCCCUACUCUACCUUUACCGUAUCACUACAUGGGCCUCAGCCGUCAUAGGCCACGGCUGAAGGGGUGGCUUUAGCUUCGAUUGGAGACACCCUAUUGUUCAUGCCCAGUACUGUUCACAGUUCUGACAUGUGGGCAAACUCAGAAGCCCAA